AGAGAAAGGGGGAGAGUGAGAGGCAGAGAAAGAAAGAAAGAAGAGAGUGAGAGAGAGAGAGAGAGAGAGAGAGAGAGAGAGAGAGAGAGAGAGAGAGAGAGAGAGAGAGAAAGGGGGAGAGUGAGAGGCAGAGAAAGAAAGAAAGAAGAAGAGAGAGAGAGAGAGAGAGAGAGAGAGAGAGAGAGAGAAAGCGUAUGGUAGGGGGUAAUAGCAUUACGUAAGCUGGCUCCUGGAAAUAUUUACCCCUCAUUUGCACACCAUGCUUGGAGUUGAUGCCUUACUCACCGUAAAGUACAACAUUGCUCGGCACCACACAUGGGGUUUUAACACGUUUCCAGGUUACCACAGGGGGGAAACCCACGGUGAAAAUGAGUAUCCUUCUGGAUUUCCUCAAAGUAUUUGCGAUGAUGUACCCCAGCAGAAGUACCUGUGCAGCAACUGUAAUAACGUACUGAAUGAGGCACGUCAAACUUUGUGCGGCCACCGCUACUGCCUCGCCUGUGUCAGUUGGUUAGUGAGUAAUAACAACAACCUUGUUUGCAAGAUGUGCAAAGAAGAAGAUCCAAGCUCAGAGAGUGAAACAAGCAUACUGACAUCAGACAAUUUAUUCAGUGAUGCAGCCAUCAAUAAGGAGAUCUUGGAGUUGAAAGUGCAUUGUGCUAACCAAGGUUGCUCCUGGAGGAGUAUUCUCAAAGACUUUGAGGAGCACCAGGGGCAGUGUGAGUAUGCCCUAAUCCCCUGCAACAUAGGCUGUGGUCACAUGGUGCUGCGAAAAGCCUUGGCCUGUCACCUGGAGAAGGCCUGUCCAAACAACAUGUCAGUGUGCCCUGCAUGCUGCCACUCUUUGCGCCCCAUAGAGCUACAGACACACUCAUGUCACAGUCUUGGAGAGGAAAAAGCGGAUAAAAAACAAAGAAAUGGAAAGAGUAAUCCUCUUCCAGGUUCCAAGGGGAAAGAGUAUUGUGUUUUCUCUGAAGUUGGUUGCACAUUUAAGGGGACCACAGAGAAGCUGAGAGUGCAUGAGAACAGCAGCCAUGUUGGCCACCUUCAGCUCCUGCUGCGUGCUGCCACCACUACCAGCAGUGACCUGCAGGCCUCCCCACUAACAGCCCCUGCCCCAGGCAAGGAGAACAGGGCUAUGGAUGAGCAGCUGCCCCAUCUCAGAGACACUCUGUCUGGCCUGAGGCUCCAUUGGGACAUGGGACUAUUAAAGGGGGAAGGGGAGCUGGAGACGGAAGGAGAGGACGGAAGGAAUAGCUCGGCAGCUCACAGCCUGCGAGAUGAUGACCAGGUGACCAAACUCUUGGACCUAGGGCGGCAGAUAGACACACUGCAGCAGAGGGUCCAGAUAUCUGAGAACAUCAUCUCCGUCCUGAACAGGGAGGUGGAGAAGACCCAGCUGAGCAUGAAGGCUGUGGAGAGGGAGAACCAGAGCAACCAGGAAAUGAUUUAUCACUUAGAAAUAAAGGUGACAGAGCAGGAGCAUAGAAUGGCCAGGAAAGAUCUGGUCAUUAGCUCCAUGAAACAAUGUCUCAGCGCCCACCAGGAGGUCUCUUAUGACGGCACCUUCAUCUGGAGAUUGUCUGACCUCAGCACCAAAAUGAAGGAGGCCGUCUCUAGCCAUGGGAAUAGACCAAACCUGUACUCUCCAGCGUUCUACACAGCCAGGGGGAGUAUGACCUUCUCCUCUCAUGGCCAUUCAAGCACAAGGUCACCUUCUUCCUGCUUGAUCAGAAUCACAGAGAACACGUGAUUGACGCCUUCCGGCCCGAUCUAACCUCCUCAUCCUUCCAAAGGCCUGUCUCUGAUAUGAAUGUGGCCAGUGGUUGCCCACUUUUCUUCCCUCUUGGUAAACUUCACUCGCCUAAGCAUGCCUACUUGAAAGACGACACAAUCUUCAUCAAGUGUGUUGUUGACACUUCAUCCUGAGCCAUGCUUCAAAUGAUCUAUCAAAGGAGAAGAAGAGAAAAAUCUGAAAUAUCAUUGUAUGGUUGUACUUGUAUUUAUGAGGGUGUAUCAUUUUCAGAAAUAAUUUCAAGACAAUCAAUGGGGUUUUGUUACUGCUAAUGAGAUAUUAUAGUUUUGUUUAAAAAAAACUGUGAAUUCAUGAGAUGAAUAAAGAAAAUAUAAACACUGAA